ACGCCCCGCCUCCGCGCGGCGCUGCGGAACCAGAGCUCCGGGCGGCGUCGGAAGCUGCACGGGAGGCGGAGAGGCCGGGACGGCAGUAGCUGGCGCGGCAACCACAGCGAGAGCAGCGGGGACUGAGCAGACCACGACGAAGGCGCACAAGCAGCAGGGCCGGGCCGGGCCACGGGCAGAGCGGCCGCCGGGAAGCGGUCAGGCAGCGGGCAGCCGCCGAACCGCGAGGCGACAUGGUGCUGCUCAAGGAGUAUCGAGUCAUCCUGCCUGUGUCUGUAGAUGAGUAUCAAGUAGGGCAGCUGUAUUCUGUGGCUGAGGCCAGUAAAAACGAAACGGGUGGUGGUGAAGGCGUGGAGGUCCUGGUGAACGAACCCUAUGAGAAGGAUGGAGAGAAGGGCCAGUACACACACAAGAUCUACCACUUGCAGAGCAAAGUACCCACAUUUGUCCGAAUGCUGGCCCCAGAGGGAGCGUUGAAUAUACAUGAGAAGGCAUGGAACGCCUACCCUUACUGCAGAACCGUUAUUACAAAUGAGUACAUGAAAGAAGAUUUUCUGAUUAAAAUUGAGACCUGGCACAAACCGGAUCUUGGCACCCAGGAAAAUGUGCAUAAGUUGGAGCCUGAGACAUGGAAACACGUGGAAGCCAUAUAUAUAGACAUUGCAGAUCGAAGCCAAGUACUUAGCAAGGAUUACAAGGCAGAGGAAGACCCAGCAAAAUUUAAAUCUGUCAAAACAGGCCGAGGACCCUUAGGCCCAAAUUGGAAGCAAGAACUUGUAAAUCAAAAAGAUUGCCCGUAUAUGUGUGCAUACAAACUGGUUACUGUCAAAUUCAAGUGGUGGGGCCUGCAGAACAAAGUGGAGAACUUUAUACACAAGCAAGAGAGGCGUCUGUUUACAAAUUUCCACAGGCAGCUGUUCUGUUGGCUCGAUAAGUGGGUUGACCUGACUAUGGAUGACAUUCGAAGGAUGGAAGAAGAGACAAAGAGACAGCUGGAUGAGAUGAGACAAAAGGACCCAGUGAAAGGAAUGACGGCAGAUGACUAAAGCCACCCCUCCCCUUUCUGCACUUUUUGCAAGACAGUGGUCAACAGGAAGGCCCAGCAGCUCCACCCUCCUGAGUGACAGGCCAUCUUCGGACGCAGCCUUUCUGUGCCCAUUCUUCAGGCAACUUCUGAUCCCAUACUGUAGCUAAUUCUAGAUACCCUUUAAUAUUGUGAACAAAUAGACCGUCUGGUAUUACAGAGCCUGUGUGUGCAGGAGCCUGCUCCUCUGAGAUGUGUGGCGAAUGGGUUGCUGUAUUUACAGCUCUUCUCUCUCUCUCCAUUGUGUUCUGACCCGUUUCUGUGUGGUUCCCCCCCACCCUUAUUUCCAAGUGACAUUUUUAAGUCUUUCAGAAUAGCUGCCUUUUGUGAUGUGGUGAUUUUUAAGUUCCUUUGUUUUGAACCUUGGGAUAAAGUAAUAUUUUUGCUUCCUGGGCAGAUCUUUGCAAUUUUGAGUGCUCACUUGAGGAGAGAGGAUGAGUUAGAAAUACAGAUUUCCCACCCUCCCAGUUCCAUAGAAUGGCAGUGUGGCUUCAUAGCUGACCUCUGUUCCCAUAGUGUGUUAGAGUGCUCAGAGCACCAAGGAGGCCCAGCCAGCCUCCGUUUCAGAAAAUUUAACAAAUAUGAGUAAUCCUUGCCCCAGUCCUUUUAUCUCUGGCCACUAUUGGAAACAACUGUAGCUUCUUGGCCCUCCUGUUGCCCGUUCUGUGUGAAUCAUUCUGUAGAGCCUACAAGCCACCCCGGACACCUCUCCAUCUUGAGGGACUUGUCCAGUGUGACCCUUAGAAUUGAGUCUGUCCUGUAGAUAGUGAUCUGUCUGACCCCGAGGAGCUCUAUAUGUUCAUGCUCCUCUUCCCUUUUGGGCUGGUGCUGCCACUCAGCAAUAAUCCUCUUUUCUCUGUGCUUUCUUAGAUCCCUAUCCUCUGUCUUUGAGGUUGGUUAGAAUACAAGAGUCCUGCUCUCUUAAUGCUGCACACAAUGAGCAUGCAAAAAGCUUUUUUAGUAGAACAUGUACCCUUUUAUCUCCAAUCAUUGGAAAUGAAUUUGAAGAAAAAGAACUCAGUUGGGCCGGGGAGAUGGCUCAGUGGAAUAAGUGCUUCCUUGGCAAGUGCA